CUUGCCAAAAAAAAUGUUAUUUUGAUUUCAAUCGUUACGAUGAAUCAGGCAGGUGUUUCCCAUAGUUCAGCGAAAUAUAUUACGCUUUUGGCAGAGGAACCGCUCGAGCAGGAUUUAAAUCUGGAAGAGAGUUUUGUCAACACGGCUCUAAAAGGAACGUGUCCGUCUGUAUCGGAAGCCGUACAGCCAUCCAUGGCGGAUAUCGCACUAGAGAACCUGACGGAGCAGGUACGCGAGCUGAAAGAUGUUAACGCACGUCUGAUGUGCUGCAUCGUAGAGAAGAACAACGAAGUCAAAGCGCUUAGGGAAUCACAGCCUAAAUCGGUAGAUCCCAGUGAACUCAACGCGACGGGAGCAAAGGUCGUCGAAUUAGCCAAAGCCAAGCGCGAUGUCACCGCGAAGUACGAAGCGGAACGUACCAAAGUUCAGAAGCUCCUUCAAGAAAAAUCGGCGCUUCAAGCCCAUAACGAGCAACUGGAGGAGAAGCUGCGACAAUUCUCGCUGCCAAAAGAAGCCGUUCCGGAAAAGGUCAAAACCUCCAUCAGCAGCAGCAGCAGCUCCAUAGACCGGCAUCAUCGUCGACAGACGGCGCUGGAGAAGUGCUCCGUCGCCACACACGAAGCGACGCUGCUCAAACAGAACAACGCCAAACUGCAGCGGCUGCUGGAGCGCGAAUUAGGCCCGGACGCCGAUGUUAAUCUCCUGCUGCGUGAGGACCAUCCCACGUUCCGUGGACGCGACGAGCAGAUCCAGUUACUCAAAGUAUCAAGAAUUAUCCGAGCGCGAGAAAUGUUCAGUGAAAUUACGGAGAAGAACGCCUCUCUGCAAAAGUCACUCACCGAUGCGCGAUCGAAGCUGACCGCGGAGAAAGCGCGCAACGAAUACCUGAGCAAGGAAAACCUCCGCUUAACGCAGUUCAACAAGCACGUGGUGGAGACUUGCAAGAAGGACGCCGAGCUGAUCCAGUAUUUCCAGACCACCAUCACCGAGCUGCGCAAUGCGGUGCAGGAGACCUCGCCAAUUACACUGCCAUUGAUUCCGCCGCUUAAAGAUCCGCCGCAGAGCGCCGACCUGCAAAAGAAAAUCAUCGAUAUGGAGAAGCAGAUACAGGAACUGAAGCUGACCAACCAUGCCUGCAUAAACUCGGUACGCAACACAAAGGUCACCACAUCCUUGCCAGAUAUCAUUGCAAAGCGCGGAGAUUGUGAUACCAUUUCGUGUGAUUCGCUGACAGAUUUACCGGAAAAUUCGCUGGAUGAACAUGUCCCGCGUAACGCACACAUGGAUGCCGGUUUAUUUACUCCGUUUUACGAGACUCUUCGGCUUUGCAAGGAGUACGUCGAAGUCUUGUCCGAUCGACUAGUAAAAGCGGAAAGCAGUUGGCAGUUCGUGACGGAUGAGUUCAACAUCGAACGGGAAGCCAGCAGUGUUCUGCAGCUGCAAAUUCGUCAUUACCAGCAGGAGCUGGAGCAGUGUAGCGUGGAGCGGCGCCGAGGAUUCCGGCGGACAUCAAAAUCCCAUGAAACUGUUCAACACGGCGUACAUGUUCAAUAAAUGCGAUGCUUUUGCGUACCGUUAGUUUUUUUUUAAUUGUAUUUUGUUCCGCAGAAACCUUGAAUUUCAUGGCUUGAAUUGGCUUGAAUUUCUGUAGUUCUAGCUUUCAAAUGGGAUAUUGUGGCUGCGUAUGCAGCUGUUGGGCAGCAAGAAUUUCGGACCUUUUUUUGGACAGCAAAAAAAUUACUAAAGUCGUAUGAUUUUUUACAAGGCCAAUUUCGUGCGUCGCUUGUGCGCAAAACAGAUUUCGGCUGAAAAACUG